GUCCUUCCUCCUUUGCGAAGAUGUCGGGGGCUGCCGUGGUUUCUUCCUGCCUUUGGUCCGUCAGGCAUUCGGUUGGGGUCGCUAGCAUCCUCGGUUUUUUCUGCAAUACAAUGGAUACAAUUUGUCAUGGCUACUCUGAGUGUUAUAGGUUCAACUUCACUUAUUACCUAUGCUGUAUUUCAGAAUAUACAGAAAUCUCCAGAGAUAAGGCCACUUCUUUAUCUGAGCUUCUCUGAUCUACUCCUGGGAAUUUGCUGGCUCACUGAAACACUUCUCUAUGGAACUUCAGUACCGAGUAAGGACAUCAUCUGCUAUAACCUACAAGCAGUUGGUCAGAUAUUCUACAUUUCCUCAUUUCUCUACACUGUUAAUUACAUCUGGUAUCUGUGCACAGAGCUGAGGAUGAAAUACAACCAGAGUGGACAGAGCACACCUCCACUGGUGAUAGAUUAUACUUGUCGAGUUAGUCAAAUGGCCUUCAUUUUGUCAAGCCUGAUACCUCUACUAUUGGUGACACCAGUAUUCUGUCUGGGCAAUGCCAGUGAAUGUUUUCGCAACUUCAGCCAGAGCCAUAGGUGUAUCCUGAUGCACUCUCCACCAUCAACCAUGACUGAACUCAUGCCUUCUGCCAACACAUCUGUCUGUAGUGCACUUUAUUUUUAUGGCAUCACCAUUUUCCUAACCAGCUUUCUACUCAGCCUCCUUACCAUUAUGGUUCUACUCAUCCAAGCCCAGACACUGUUUAAGAAGUUUGUGAAAUCAACUGGGUUUCUGGGAAGUGAACAGUGGGCAAUGAUUCACACUGUGGACCAGCGGGUGCGCCUCUACCCAGUGGCCUUCUUUUGCUGCUGGGGCCCAGCUGUCAUUCUGAUGAUCAUAAAGCUUAUCAGACCACAGGACACCAAGCUUCACAUGACCCUCUAUGUUCUCCAGGCUCUAACGGCAACAUCCCAGGGUCUGCUCAACUGUGGUGUAUAUGGCUGGACACAGCACAAAUUCCACCAACUAAAGGAAGAGGCUCGGCGUGAUGCAGACACCCAGACACCAUUGUUAUGCUCACAGAAAAGAUUCUAUAGCAGGGGCCUAGAUUCAUUGGAGUCUACCCCUGCUUUUGCUACCAGUGCCUCCACCAUUCUUUGAAACUACAAUACUGGAACAUCCAGGAACUGGAAUUAUUUCACACUAAUGGAUUGAAAAGAAUGUUGGGGAAGGACAUCUUAAACCUUUUCUAACUAUGUACUAAACUGCAGAACUGAAAGGGAAUAUAGUGUCAUGGUUAACAGUCAUUCUAAGUAAAUUGGAGAGGAUCACUCCAGUUAUUUCCAGAUUCACUAGUGAUCCUUAAAGUCUUUUCAGUUCAAAAAAGGGAAGUCUCAGAGAUAGACUCAUAUUACCUGAUGAAUAUUAGAUUUGUCUAAGUCUCUUCUAGAAAAAAUAAAUUCUAGAUUAUUAU